UUGAAAACCAUAUAUGUGGUUACUUAAUACCAAAACCUUUAAUCUUUGUGAGUAUGAUUUUCUACAUUAUUUUAUAUUUCCAUGACGUUCAAGUGAACAUGAUAUAACACAAAUGUGAAUCAAGUUUACAUAGUCUGAUAAUCAUUUCGUGCCACAUUGAAUUGCAGGUUAUUUAAGAAUAUCUGGCUUUAUAAAGCGAGACAUGGCUUAGCCCAGUUUAAUAUGGUUUAAAUGGCUUCCCACCGCUUUUCGUUCGUUUCAAUUUUAUUGGGUGUCCUGCUGAUCGCUGAAAACAGAGCAGCGCGGAAAUGGGAUUACGAACCUAUAUCGAUCGACUGCAACACUUCGGAUGACAGUUUAAUAAAUAUAAAUACCAAAAUCGUUCGCAUAAAUCGCGGAGAAUUUGGAAUAUCAGCCAAAGUCGAGUGGAAUUACGAUACGACAGACGAAACCAUGGUCGAGGCCGUUGUCUACCGAAGCACUUCGGGAGAUGAGAGUGACUACAAGGUGCUCCCGUUUUCCCUUCCAAAGCAAACCUUUUACGAUUACCUCAAUACCUACUAUAAGGAUGUGAUAAUUAAGAACUUUGGGGGCUGUUCCAAUAUUCCGCAGUUCGAGGACAAAUUCGAACCGCCAUGGCCCAAGAAGACUUAUAUUGCUGACAAGUGCGUUAUUGAUGGCGAUGGGUUUCCAGAAAUCUUACCUAUCGGAUUCUACAAGAUUGUAUUUAAUUGCACCGGACCGAACCAGCCGUCAUGGUCCUUCGUUGCUAUCAUCAAGCUAACAACCAAAAUGUUUUAAUAUGUAUCCACUGUUAUAACCCUUAGUUGCACUAUGACGAGGAAUACAUAUG